CCUAUAAGGAAGAUCCCAACAGAGGUGCUGUUGUUGAUAUUCUCUCAGAUCAGCCAUAAAUCCGAGCUAGUGCCUUUGCUCAGGGUCUGUAAGAGAUGGAGCAAUCUCAUCGUGGAGCUGCUAUGGUUCAGACCUUCGCUGAUGACGUCUCGAGCAAUGUCCGGGUUACAACAGGUUAUGUCGAUGAACCCCAAUGAGACGUACUGGAACUAUAGGCCAUUCAUACGUCGUCUAAACCUGUCCUUCAUCUACGAGCGUGUCGACAGCGACUUCUUGAACUUGUUUGAAGGCUGCUAUAACUUGGAGAGACUCACGUUGGUGAACUGCUCAAGGCUCUCGAGUGAGUCGAUCUGUAAUGUGUUGCAAAACUGCUCAAAGCUACAAUCCAUAGAUAUGACUGGUGUUAAAAGCAUCGACGACGAUAUAUUUGAAGCAUUGGGGCAAAACUGUCCAAGGCUACAAGGUCUAUAUGCCCCAGGCUGCAAAUCUGUCACUCGAAGAGGCAUAAGCGCAAUCUACAACAGCUGCCCAAUGCUCAAGAGGAUGAAAUUAUCCGAUAACCUGAGCCUAACAGAUGAGGACCUUUGGUGUUUUGUCAACAAUUGUAAGUCGUUGAUCGAGGUUGACGUUCACAAUUGCGUAAACUUGACAAAUGACUCGUUGAUCACGCUAUUUGUCGGAUUGGAACAGCUCAGGGAGUUUAGAAUCUCUCAGAACAUGAACGUGACUGAUCAGCUCUUUAGAUCAAUCCCAGAGGAUGCCCAGUUCGAUAGGCUCAGAAUCAUCGACUUCACGGGCUGUACACAGAUCACAGAUCAGAGUGUCGAGAGAAUCGUCCAAGCAGCUCCACGGUUACGGAACGUUGUUCUAUCGAAGUGCACCAUGGUCACGGACUCCUCGUUGAGAUCACUGGCAAGGCUAGGUAAGAACUUACACUAUGUUCAUUUGGGCCAUUGCACGCAUAUAACAGACUUGGGAAUCAUCAUUUUGGCGAGAAGUUGUCACCGUUUGCAAUACAUCGACUUGGCUUGUUGUCAACAACUCACCAACAACUCGUUGAUAGAAUUGGCGCAUUUGGCCAGAUUAAGGAGAAUUGGAUUGGUCAAGUGCCUGAACAUCACGGAUUUGGGCAUUCAUAACUUUGUCAUCAGAAGAGGCCAUGACGAUACUCUUGAAAGGGUCCAUCUCUCUUAUUGUACGAAUCUAGGACUGUCGCCGAUAUUGGAUCUACUUCGUGCAUGUCCAAGGCUAACACAUUUGUCGUUGACAGGUAUACGGGCAUUCCUGAGACCUGAUAUCCUCUGCUAUUGUCGUGAACCUCCAAGUGAUUUCAACGAACAUCAGAGGGCACUGUUCUGCGUGUUUUCCGGUCAGGGUGUUCGUAAAUUGAGAGAAUUCCUCAUCAACUUGUACGAAACAAGA